AUGUCGGGCACCCCAGUGGACCCCCUGCAGACCCUUCAGGCGGCAUUGACCGUGCCUGCAAACUCAAAGGAACAGGCAGACCUCUUGGCUGCCCUCCGUGAAUCCUUGGAAGCCCAUCCAGGCCCCAUCCGUAUCCUUGUAGGAACUCUCAUCGGAAUCGUCGCAAAUACCAGUGAUUCUCUGUUAAAGAGAUGGGUUCUCGACCUUCUACAGUUUGCCAUUUGUCGGUCUACAUUACCUCUUGACCAGAAAACACAGCUGGCAUCGCAAGCGUUGGAUACAUUGGCUCAGUUACUCGACGAUCGAACACCUGCAAUUGUCAAGGUAGUCAUUCAGUGUCUGACGACAGUGUAUCCGCUGUUGUUUCGAUUAUUAUGUUCAAACCGGUCGAAUCCUGCCGCAUGGGAUACGUUGUCUUCCUGCAAAGCACGCAUUCUCGAAUUCGUGUGGAACCCCCGUGCCAACAAUGGUGUAAAGGUGUCAGCGGUGAAAUUCAUGCAGAAGGCUAUUCUGGUGCAGACGCGCGGUAUUUCCGAUCCUCGUCUACAAAGCAAGAACGACCCAAACAUUUCCUUCUGUCCCCCCGACCAUCCGUUCAUCUCUGUCGCCAAGCUAGAAAGCGAGGGCCAGAAGCUCUUAGAGAACGUCAUCACCAUCCUGUUCUCAAGCCCCAACGUUGAUAUACUCUCAGCAGUAUUGAACAGCUGGGCAUCCUUGACCAAACUGCGACCAGCCAUGACACCUGUGGUCAUUGGCGUACUUAAACAGUGGACACCAGCCGCCCUUGGCGGACUUUCUACCUCGAGCGUCAAAAGUGUCGAGAAGGCAGUUCGCAUCCUUCUCAUCCAUAUAUCACGCAUCCCGAACAACACGCAAUACGGUGCUCAAAUUAACGAAAUCAUCUCUCAGCAAGCCGUCCGAAUGGAAAGAGCCCUCAUUGAGGAGAAGAAGCGGAAAGCUACUCAAGCAUCUAUCAUUGACCUUAAGAAAAGACCGCUGCCCGAUAGCGAAGGCCCUACGGAUCCUAAACGCGUCAAACUCGACUCUGAAUGCGGCCCUUCUUCCUCAUCGACAAAUGUCCUCUCCUCCUUCGAUUUCACGACUCUUCCCGCCACCCUUAUCACUGACCUCAUUGUUGCUAAUAUCGAAGCCUUUACCGAGUCAAGUUUAAUUGGGCUCGUGCAUGCGUAUCGUCAACGGAGGGGUCUACCAGGACCUCAAACAUCCGAACCUCCUGCUUCACACACCAUGGCCCCAUCUAAUGUGCUACAAAGCAAUAGACCAGACGAAGGACGCCGCAGUCCUGUAUCCCAGCCUCCACCCGAAUUACAAAAGCCACCGCCUGUCGCGAGAGUAAAAGACGAGGAGCCAGUGGAUCCACUGCAGAUGGACAUUGAUCAAGAUGAGAUAGAAUAUGAGCCUGAUAGGCUCAACGAAGAACUAUCAGGACCUCUCUCUACUGCUGAUGCUUCCACCAACUUCCCUGCCUCCAUAACGACAAAUCUCACGCUUCUCAAUUUCAAACUUCCUCCUCCAAGAGAAUUCAGUGACUCAGAACGUACUUCAGUAGUCACCGAUUCAAUACAACGUAUAUGGACAGGGGCGGAAGAAAUACGUGCCAGUUUUGUGGAUGCGGGUGUCUCCCCUGAUUCACAGAUCGUUAGUGCAAGGGGUGCGACAGAUAUGACCAUGCUGUUACUGGUGAGAAUGAUCACAAGAGUCGCAAAACCACCCGUGGAAGUGGACGAAGACGGCGAUGAGAAAAUGAAGGAGAAGGAGUCUGAGAAUGAAGAUGCUGUUGAUGCCUACUAUGAACGACAGGACCAGAUGAGGCAAGCUCUCUGCGAUUAUAUCAUGUCCGACUUUCCAUCGCGGAUACGGCUUGCUACGACGUGGAUGAAUGAAGAGUGGUACAAUGAUCGAAUAAGGUCUGUGCGCGACCCCACAUGGCGAUUAAACUACGAGACCUGGUUAAACCAGAUAGUAGCAUCUUAUCAAACCGUCUUGGACGGAAAAGAUCGGACGUUUUCACGCUUUCUUUUAGAUCUCCCUUCUAUACCCCCCGAUGUUCUUGUUCUACUUCGGGACCUAUGUCUUGAUCCUGACAGGAUGCAAGUAGGUUUUACAACUUUGCGAGGAUUUGUUAUCCAGCGACCUGCCAUGCGUUCGGAUGCUCUCAAUGUACUCCUUGACCUGACGACCCAUCCGGAGAAGAAGAUUCGAGGAGCUGCCAUUAAUACAGUCAAGCUCUGGGUGCCCAACAGUCAGCCGAUGGAUGUCAUGGUUCGGGAAUUUGCGCUGCAAAUGCUUCGAAAGCUCCAGAACUCCCCCAAGGAAACAAAAGGACACGAGGAUGAUGAAAACAUGGAAGACGGACAGUUGCCUCCCGAGGAUUUGGUUCAGACUCCGUACCUUCCGGAGCGUAUCGAAUUGCCUGCACAAAAGAGCCAUGUUUUGCAGCACGUGGAAUUAUUGUUCGCGUUGUCCGUCAAGGUUCCUGAAUUUUUGGAAGAGAUCUUUGCCGCAUAUGGGCAGAUGGAUGUGACCGUGCAAGAAGCUGUUCAAGAACUUAUUACCGCCCUGAUUCGUUCACUGGGCUCGAAUCACGGUAAACUCCUCACUCUGAUGCGGAAUUGUCCACCAGGGGCCGAAACCCUGGCGCUUCGCGUCCUUACCAUUUUCACUGAGAGUGGCCGUCCAGGCGCGCAAUUGGUGGCGCUGGUCAAAGCCCUGAUCCAAGAACGGGAUCUCGAUGCCAGGUUCCUCAUUCCCAUCAUCGCAGAGAUGGAUAAGCCUGAUAUCAUUCGGCACCUACCACGAAUUGUUUCAAUACUGAAUGGAGAGCCUGAACCCAAGAAUCUGGUCCGUUCAGUUUUCAGCUCUGUCGUAACGACGCCACCGCAAACAUUUGGGAGUGUCACAUCAAAUCUUCCUAGAGUUAGGCAGAGUGAAUUGCUUACGCCUGCGGAGCUCAUGGUUUUACUGCAUGAGGCAGAAAAGGAGAUAGGACUGAAGAGCGCAAUCGAAGCUAUCGGGAUCUGCUUCUCGAUGACUGACGUCUUCCGGUCUGAGAUUCUUGCCGUGGUCAUGCAGCAGAUCAUGGACGAACCCGUGUUGCCAGUACUUUUCCUUCGAACGGUGAUCCAGGCCGUUACUACGUACAAAUCACUCGUAGGCUUUGUCUCGACAACACUGUUGUCCCGACUGAUUACGAAGAAAAUUUGGACGAACCCACCGCUAUGGGAAGGGUUCAUACGGUGCGCGAAAGCGAUAGCACCGGCGAGUUUUGGUGCACUGCUGCAGUUGCCGAAAGACCAACUACGGGAGCUCGUCGAUAAGCAACCAACGUUGAAGUCUGGUCUUCGUGAUUAUGUGAUGAAGAAGGCGACGAAUAAAACGCGAGUAUCAGGCUUUCUGGAUAUUUUUGGAGAAGCGGAGGAGACCAAUUCUCCGAAUCCUUCGUGA